CGGGCCCGCGUCCUGGACGACCCCGCCGCCGCCGCGGGCCUCGCGGACGUGGUGCUGCCGCUGCCGGGCUCCGCGGUGGAGUACCCGCCGGGCCUGCGCUCGGUCUACGAGGCCCUGUCCCUGGAGCUGCUGGGGCUGCCCCUGGAGGCCUUCCACCGGGAGCCGCCCUUGGGGCUGCCCCUCACGGGGGUCUACAGGGCGCUGGCGACGGUGCCCGGGGACCUGUCCUGGGGGGCGGUGCCGGCCGAGGAGUCCGCCCGGGUGGCGAAGCAGCAGUGCGGCAGACUCCUUCUCACGGACGUGGACCGGCUGAGCGGCGCCGUGGCGGCUCCGCGCGGGGGCGGCGCCUGCAGCCGCGGCGAGGGCGAGGCAGCAGCGGCGUGCGGGCCAGGGGAUCCGGGCUCGGUCAUCUUCUCCUGUACGCUGCCUGCGGCCGCUUACCUCACCAUGGCGUUUCGGGAGGCGACUCGGCAAGACGUCAGCUGGCGCUGGCAGGCAGCGGAGACGCCAGGCAGGAAGGGUCAUGUGGGGAA